GUCACAAAAGUUUCCUUUCAUCAAACAUUAUAACGGUUUGAGUCCUCCAGGUAGGCAAUCGCUCCUUAAAGUCGAGUUCAUUGCAUCGCUCCGCUGCUUUUUUCCCCUCCAAGAUGAACAGAAUUAUCCUCCUGCUGGUCGCAGUCGGAUUCUGCUUUGCAGCCGUUGAAGCUCUGCAGUGCUACAAGUGCAGCCUUGGCUUUGGGAGUCUGUGCAUUACGUCUAAAAUGACAUGCGACAGAGGAGAACAUUGCUACAGCGGUGUCGGGGAAGCGGCCAGUUUCCUGGACAUCAAGAAGAAGGGCUGUCUAGAGGUGAGCAAGUGCAACAUGACGGAGAAUGUGAACUUCUCUACCAGCGACUCCAACACCACAAUCUACACCAUGACCAAGACGUGCUGCAACACCAACCUGUGCAACGCGGCGCCCGGUCUGCCCGCCACCCCCGUGCUGAGCCUGGCCCUCGCCACCAUCACUGCUCUGUUCGUGGCCAACACCCUGGUUUAAAAGAACACAGCAGAUGACACCAAUUACACUCACUCACACUCUCUCUGACACACACACACACACACGCGCACACACACAUACACAAACUACAUAUUGCGCACACAUCAGCACUACAAGAAUAAAUCAUCUCCUUAGACAUGCAUUUUUCUCUCCAAAUGGGUCUUGUGUUUACUGUAUAUUGUACUUUACACAUUUUAAAAAAUUAAAUUCCUCCCUUUUUUGUAUUUGAUUAAUCGGUAAGCAGUCCUAGCAUGUACGUCGAGAGUCUAAAGUAGCCUACAAUGAACUUUAAUGACGAGUAAAACGUUUAGAUGAAUUAAUCUCAUGUUCACAUUACACUGAUUGGGUUUGUAGGUUAUGUAGCGUCGCUACAAUUCAAAGGAAAUGGGUUUAUUUGACUCUUAUGCCAAAAGUUGAGUUAGAGGAUCGAAACUUAUUUCUGUCCGUUAAACUUGACGCUGCAGCCAAUGAGGUGACGGCUAGCACGGUACAGUCGGAAGGUUAAAAAGUGCCGACAGCGCCACUAAAGCUCACUGAUUACCAUGUUUCGCCUCAUUCGGUUCAUCUUUAAAAGUGUAAAAACAAGCAUCUCAUAACUAGUGAGCUUUAUAAAUGGUAAGUGAUUUUUAGUUUUACACGUGGACACAGCCGGGCUCUUCGUGCUAAGCAUCUACUGACUUCUGUAACAGCUCAUAUAGUAUGUGUAUUCCAUUUUAUUUAUUGCUUUUUUUUAGUCAUGAUAUAAUCGAUAGAUCUCAAAGCUCCCGUGAACAUUUCUUUUUCCAUUCUUGCCCGUUUUGAAUGUGUGUUUAUAUAUGGGGGAGAACGGGAUUUAACUCGUCUUUGCGGAUAGUGGAUUUUGAAAUUGCAGCAAUUUGAAAUUUGUCAUGGCUGAUUUAGAUAUCCUCAAUUUAACGCUAAUCAUUCAAGUUAAAUUCCUGAAAAACUUUGGGCAUUAUUGUCCGAAGUGUCAAUGUGUUGUGUCGACAAUUUGAAGAUUGCAAUAAAUAUUAUUUGGAAAAAACAAA